AUGUUACGGUUAUGUUGCCGAAAUGGUGGACGAAAGACCUGAGCUCAUCAGAAAAUUGUCGAAGAAAGAUAUUCGAGUCAUACGCGAUAAGGAGAAGGUGACGAAGCUUGGAGAAAAACUCCGAACAUUGGGAGAGAGGAGCACCUUCCACGGAAUCGAUGUGCUACUGGAAGCCAGUCCAGGAUGGCGUAGACGAACAGUUUUGAUCAUUCUCAUAAUUAUGUGCUUUGCCUGCAUCUUGAAUGUAUCACAUCUCAUAGCGGGCUUUGUCAACAUGCCAGUAUCCACGGUGAUAAACGAUGAGAAAGCGAAUUUCACAUUCCCCAUUGUGGCCAUAUGUCCAGAUAGUCCCUUUAGUAUCGAACGGGUCAGCCAGGAUGAAGAACUGAGGAACGCGUGUCUCAAGUUAGCAAACGCGGCCCGAGCCUUGCAGAUUCGUGCAUUCACCUCAUCUGUCACACUGCAAUCAGAACUAAUACAACUUCCAAGAUACCUAGGUUCUGCGGACUUCUGGAUAGCUCGUUCGGGCGAUCGCGAUACCAACUGGGCACUGCCGGAAGGCUAUUGGCGGCAACGAGUAAAACGUUCCUUUCGGGGAUUUUUCUAUACUAAUCGCAGUCGUCUGUCGUGGACUUGGAAUGAUAUUUUGGUCAGCUGUGAAUAUGAUGGGAGAACUUGUGAACUCGAUGAGCAUGCUGUGGAAGCUCCGACAGCAGUCAUGCCAAUCCAAGAAGAACGCCACUGGGAGUCAAAAUAUGAGUAUCCUCGUUUGGUGAGUAGGGUGUCGAACGUGGAAUCAAAUCUACCCUCUGGUUGGUCCAGAGAAAUGCCUGAUCCACUUAAAAUGUUGGAAAAAACAGAACCCUGGCCCAAAGGGAAGGUCGUCAUUCUUGAUCAUCCAUCAAAAUACUACUGCUUUCAAUCCUGGGAUGACCGGCUCUUCUUGAGACAGCCUCAGUCACAAGCAAGCAGACGUGAUGCCCGACAGGCGGUAGCUGCGGAUGGAUUUCACAUACUGAUUAGCCGAGCGGCCAAAAACGAAGAAGAUGGCUCCUUUUCUACUGACGACAUCUACAAGACAAGCAGUAGUCGAUCUGCUGCACGGUUCGGCGUGCGCUACGGGCAGUCAAUUAGUGUCAGCCUAAAUCAGUUUGUCCAUAAACGGCUCACUUCAGUCUACCGCCCAUGCAAACGUCGAUUUCCGAAAGAAAACUAUCUGGAACUCUCCAGUUACAUCAUGUCUGGUGGAUUCGCUCGCCGCUACUUUGAACUGAGCUACACAAAAAGCAAUUGCGUCGCGUACUAUCGUCAGAAAGUGAUGUAUCGUCUUUGCCGCUGCUUUUCCGAAGAUUACAUGGUUCCACUGAGAAUGGCAAGUGAACUACUGAAGCUGGGAUUCUGUCAUUCGCCUUCACCAGGCGUCGAACCCGGAUCAGAUUUAUUCAUGAGGCGCGUUGCUUGUCAUGAUAGUGUGGCCUCUAUGACCGGUGACGAGAUACUGAGCCUAAACUUUCCAAAAUCCUGGAAAGUAGCCCUGGUGAUCAGACUGACCGACGAAAUACAACGCUACUGGUUGUGCGGCAGGUAUUGUGAAGAAGUCGUCAGUGAAGCCGAUAUAAUACAACGACAUGAAAUUCCGACUGAUCUCCCUCCAUCACUCACCGGAUUUUCCAAUAUUACAAAAAAAAGUGAUCUGGUGGCAAUAACAAUCUAUGCCAACGCAGCACGAGUCCGCGUUAUCAGUGAAGGUGAGCAGGCGAACAUUUUCAACCUUAUUGCAUCCAUUGGCGGAACAUUUGGACUUUACCUGGGUUUGUCCGGAGUGACUCUUUUUGAAAUCAUCGAAGCACUUGCAUUGUUGCUGAUCACCACUCCAGCGCUGUGCCGCAUGAAUGCACGCAGAAUACGGAUGAGAAGGCGCGCGCGCGUAAUAAGGAACCUCGCUGUUGAACGUUUGGUUGACUGGAAAUCAUCAGCGGCGAAAAAGAAUGUGAACGCAGCAACAUAAUGUACCGCAGUAAAGUUGACCUGUGAAGCAGUAGGUCAGGUUUAUCCCAAAGUGUACAUAUUGGGAAUCACAAACGGUCACAUACAAAACUAUGUGUUAAAUGCUGGUAUCAGAUUAUUCUUGGCUCACUCACGUGUUUUGGUAAGGGAGACGAUUGGUUACGCCAGCCUAAGGAUAAAGCGAUCUCUGCUUCCGAGAUUCACGAGGUUAUUUCACUUGACGCUUUUUUAUUUAGAACAUUGAUCUGAG